CACAUAUGUGCACACGUGUAUAUUUUUUUUUGAUUGAAAAUAAUAUUUUGUUCAUAAUUCUUUAUAAUCAUCUGGUGUUCAAGAUUUGUUUUGUUUUCAAUAGAAUCAUAAUCAAAAUAAUAUUGUCGUGUGUGUUUUUUUGAAACAGGGCAAUAAAUCUUCAUUGACAACAUUAUUGAUACGAUAAAAACAUUGAAUUGUUUGCACACUUUAAUAUUGUGAAUCAUUCAGGAUUUGGUAUUACUGUGAAACAGGCAAAAAAAAAAAAAAAAAAAGAAUUACGACCAACGAUAACUAUUUGUUUUGGCCAAAUUGUUGAAUCAUUAUUAUAUUUUCGCAUACCCCGAAUCAAAACUAAAUUCAUCAGUCUUUUUUUCUCGUUGUUUUUCAAUAUAUUUACUUUUUUUUUUUGAAUAGAUGCCACCUAUUUUGCAUUUAUUGUAUUGAAAAAAACCAUCGAAAUUAUUAUAAUUUGUUUUUAUUUAUUCAAUUCAACAACAUUUUCAUCAUAAAGAGCUGCGGAAAUAACACUUCAAGACAAUUAUUAUUGUGACCAUCUUAUUUUGUUUUCGUGCGCGCGUAUGCGUUUGUGUGUAUGUGCCUAAGAAGAUUUUGAAAAAAUCAAACAAAACAAAACAAAACAAAAAUGACGGUUUUUCGUCGAUUUGGGCUUCGAAGAAGCUUAACACGUCUGUUAAUAUUUCUUUGCAUAACCUGGGUAUUAUUUGUGUUAAUGUAUUCAUAUCAUGGCCAUACUAAUUCACAAACAUAUGCCAAUUCAUAUGAAGAUUUAUCAUCAAAUAUUAAUAAUAUACAACAACAACAACAAGCAGCAGCAAUUGCCGCUAGGCUAAGAUCAUCUCGACAACAGGAUGAAGAUGCAUCCGAUGAUUAUGCAAAUCGAAUCGAUUCUCAUUCACAUAAUAAUAAUAAUAAUAAUAAUCGUAUAGUCGAAAUUAAAAAUGAUCCAAAAAGAAAUGGUGGUAAACAUAAAUAUCAUAAAAAGCCAAAUGAUGUGCCAAACUUAGAUGCUGUGAUACCACUUCCUUUUGAUAGCUCCAUUGGUUUCGGUGAAAAUGGCCGUCCAGUAAUAUUACCUAAAAAUGUUAGCAAAGAAAUACAAAAAUUGAUUGAUCAAGGUUGGAAAGAUAAUGCAUUCAAUCAAUACAUCAGUGAUCUCAUGUCGUUACAUCGUUCACUGCCAGAUGUUCGCGAUCCAAGAUGCAAAUCUGUCGUAUAUGAAAAAAAAUUGUCACCUACAAGUGUCAUCAUUUGUUUUCACAAUGAAGCCUGGUCAGUAUUACUUCGAACUGUACAUUCCGUAUUGGAUAGAUCUCCUCCUGAACUAAUCAAAGAAAUCAUUUUGGUCGAUGAUUUUUCCGACAAAGAAUACCUUGGACAAAAACUUGAUGAUUAUGCUGAAAGAUUGGAAAAAUUAAAGAUAGUAAGGGCCAAAAAACGUGAAGGAUUGAUUAGAGCACGAUUACUUGGAGCAGCCGCGGCUACUGCACCAGUUUUAACAUAUCUAGAUUCACAUUGUGAAUGUGCUGAAGGAUGGCUAGAACCAUUACUUGAUAGAAUUGCAAAAAGUCCUUCAGCGGUCGUCUGUCCAGUUAUUGAUGUAAUCAAUGAUUCUACUUUUGAAUAUCAUUAUAAUCCUGAUGCAAGUGCAUUGAAUGUUGGUGGAUUCGAUUGGAAUCUACAAUUCAAUUGGCAUGCCGUUCCUUUUCGUGAACGUAAACGUCAUAAAACUCCUGUCGAACCAGUUUAUUCACCAACCAUGGCCGGUGGUCUUUUUUCUAUUGAUAAGAAUUUUUUUGAAAAGCUUGGCACUUAUGAUAAUGGUUUUGAUAUAUGGGGUGGUGAAAAUCUAGAAAUAUCAUUCAAAAGUUGGAUGUGUGGUGGAACAUUGGAAAUUGUUCCAUGUUCACAUGUUGGCCAUGUUUUUCGAUCUCGUUCGCCUUAUAAAUGGAGAUCUGGCGUAAACGUUUUGAAAAGAAAUUCAAUUCGAUUGGCUGAAGUUUGGAUGGAUGAUUACAAGAAAUACUAUUACGAUCGUAUCGGUAAUGAUUUGGGAGAUUAUGGCGAUGUAUCAUCAAGAAAGGCUUUACGAGAAAAACUUCAUUGCAAAAGUUUUGAUUGGUACAUCAAGAAUAUCUAUCCAGAGCUUUUUGUGCCUGGCGAUGCUAUCGCUUCUGGAGAAAUUCGUAAUCAUGGCAGCCCUGAAUACCAGAUGUGUAUCGAUAGCCCAGCUAAACGAUCCGAUUUACACAAACCAUUGGGCCUUUAUCCAUGCCAUAAACAAGGAGGCAAUCAAUAUUGGCUUUAUAGCAAAAUUGGUGAAAUUCGUCGUGAUGAAGCGUGCGUGGAUUAUGCCGGACGUGAUGUCAUUUUAUAUCCUUGUCAUGGUUCAAAAGGAAAUCAGUAUUGGGCUUACAAUCAUGAGCUAAAACAAAUAAAACACGUUAUUACUGGCAGAUGUUUGCAAAUGGCAUCGACAAAAGAUCGUCUUUUAGUACAUGAUUGUAAUCCAACAAACAAAUUACAACAAUGGACAUUUUCCGAUUAUAAUUCUUCAAAAAUGGAAAACAUACAGGAUGAUGUAGAUGAUGUUGUUGAUGAACAAUAAUCAAUAAAUAAUAAUGAUUUUGGCAAACUAACCGACAUACAAACUAACAAAAAAAAUGAUAAUGAUCAGACCUAUACACUGAUCAAUAAUAAUAAUAACAAUAACAACAAUAACUUUUCCACCUUCGAUCGAUUUUCUUCGUGGCUAUCUAUUUUGAUCAUCUCUAUUAUUAUUAUUAUU